AUUCGGUAAUUGCUUAGCGACCUAACCAGCGCGUGUGUGUGUGUUUAUUAUGAUCAUGCCCGAUCGCCUACUCUCAGCAUAUCAUUACCACCAUUUAUAGGUCAUUGCGCCACAGCGAACUCAACUUCGCGAAAUUAUUGGAAGAUUCAUAUCAAAUAAAUUGAUUGUUGAAUUAUCUCCACCCAACUAGGCAGCACUUGGAGGUCGUUAUCACUAUAUUCUAGGUUUUAAUCGAAACAUCUGGUUUAAUAUCCACGGAAAAUGCAUAAAUCGUACCAGUCGAUAUUACCGAGCCACAACCGGCUUCUCCAGCAGAGAUGGGAUCAGAAAUAUUACGAUGAACACAGACAGAAGGUCAAAGAAGCAAAACCAAUGGUAGAUACCAAAGCCCCUACAACAUAUGUACAUCUUCAUCUCAAACUUAAGAAGUUACAGUUGGAGGAGGAACGUCUAGCUGUGAUUGAACGUGAUAACAGGAUUCUUCUUGAGAAAAUGUCUGUCAUUAUGAGGACGAGAGGACGGGUUGAUAAUAGGAAUAACUACAUCCAUAGAAGUUUGAACCGUGAGAAGCGUCAGCGUGAGUUGUUGAGGGUGACUAGGGAGAAUCAGGAGAUACUUCGUCGGAUCCUGGCCAGGGAACCGGAAUACAACCAUCUAGAAUGGGAUAGACAGUGGGAGGAGAAUGAGCAGUUCAUGGAUAACAUCGCUAGGUAUCCACGGAACUGGUGGGAGCUAGAACAGGAGGAGAAACAGAGACGCAAGGAGGAGCUGAGAGAGAUGAGGAAGAAGGAAAAAUCAGAGUUGAACGAGGAGGAAAACCCGAGGAAGAAACCUGUCAAGAAACAAGAGGAAGAGGAGGAGAAGCUAGAGGAGGAGGAGGAAAAUCAAGAAGAACAAAAAGAUGUACAAGAAGAGGAGAAGCAAGAGGAGAAAGAGCCUGAACAGAUAGCAGAAUGAAAGUCACCUUCAGGGCAAUCAAGACCAACCUGAAAGUCACUUUCAGAACCAUGGCGGUAACCAUCUUUUAGAACAUUCUUAUAUCAGGCAGGAACUGAUAAUUUUUAUUUUUCCCACCAUUGCAGUAUGCUGUCUAUAUGCUUUUUUUCAAAUAAUAGAAUUUGUGAAGAAUGCAAGAUGUUGUACAUUUUAGAAGGUGGCAGUGCCACAGAACAUUUUGAGAUGCUACAUGGUUGUUACUUUUAAGAUGAACUUGAUGUUGUAACCAUCUGUCGUUAUCUGCAGUGGAGUCAGAGCGCUGCUAUCAGAAAAAGGAUUAAAGGGGUGAGGUUUUGGGGUAUGAACAAUUACUUGACCUAGUAUGCUGUUCAAAUCCUUCACUCCAAAGUGAUCUGAAUAUGCAGCCUAAGGUCUGUGGCAGUGACUUGUGCAGAAAGGAAAUGGCAAGUUGCAUUUGUGCUCCUCUUUUGUCAAUAGUCAUUUGUUGAUCAACUUUUAAUCAGGGUCUGCACUUGCUGACUAGAUUUGACCCUAUAAUUCUGUGUCUGAGCAGAUCGUUCUUGCUCCACUGACGGCCAUCAGAGCCGAAAUAAAAAUGGUGGCAGAUCCAGCUGGGUUGGAUACAAUACCAUUUCAGGAAAAUUCAGGGGGCGUAUUUGUAAGCGAUUUAGUCGGGCACCACAAAACAAUUGUGUCUAAUCCGGCUGGAUCCACCCCUAAAAAGGCAUCAAUGUUAUUACCAUUAUCAAGCAAUGAAUAUUAUAAUGCGCCAUAAAUAUUAUAUAUCAUUAUAUUUUGUUAUUGAUAUCGUUGUACCAGCAUGUUAAGUAUGGUAAUAUGCGAUGUCCUUCAAAGGAGGUCAAUAAGUGGGAACUUAAGGUGAGAGCAUAAAAACAGCAAGAUCAUUCUAUACAGAUGCAUAAACUGUAAACGGUGGUUAAACCCCAUAGGAAUUAUGGGUACAUUACAAACAAAAUCACUUGUCCACAGGUUUGUUUAACAUAAACAAGGAUUAAUACCAUGUCAUAAAUUUAGAUUUAUUCUAAAUCUCUUGGCAUGAAUGAUAAUUUUGUUAUUACAUUAAUUUGAAAAUAAUCAACGUAGUUGCCUAUGACAAUUAAACAUCCGUUUACUAUUCUUUGCUUGGGGAUAUAUACUCUUUUUCUAGUCUCAAGGUUAUUAAGAAUAAUUCACUCAAACAAAUCUGAAAGGUUUUACUCUUAAAGUAGUAAGGGAUUGUGUACUGUAUAUAACCAUGUAAUGGAAUGUUAAGAUUUUUAUUAAAAAUCUUUCUUUUAAUGUUUUACAGUGUGAUCAUUAUCAUCAGGUAGCUAUUUCAUGCAUAAAGUUUCUUCCAGAUUCAUUCCGUCGACGUUUAAACAUGUAUGCAAUUUUUUCCCCUGAAAUCUUGUGCUAUCUUCCUUUCAGUGUCACUCUACGAAGUAUUACUAAAUCUUAUAUUUUGUUCAUUUAACUUGAUCUGUAAUUGUAGUAGUUACGAUUAAUUGCAACUUUGAGAUUGCGCUGUUCUUUUUAAGAUGCUGAUGGUAAUAUUAUAUGAAUUUGUUCUAUGAGAAAUUUUAGGCUUAGGAAUAACCUGCAGGUUUUUUAAUAAUUUUUUCAUGACUAUCUCAACCUUUUACAUUCUUAGACCGUCUGAUAUAAGAUAUUUUCAUGGUAAAUAAAUAAUACUUUUAUAAAAUUUAAAUACACUAUUUUGAAUUUUGGGGAUUAUGUUCAGAGUUGAAUAAGAUAUUGUCAAUAUUUGUCAUUCUGUAUGUCAUUAGGCAUUGAAAUCAUGAUUUUUUUUUGGAAGAAAAAGGGUCAUUUAAUUCUUUAGAACCAGAAUACUUGGUAGUAUUCACAAUUGCUGUCAAAUUACUGCAGUCCUCUUUCAAUUUUCAUCCCACAUUUUAUAAGGUGCAAUGAGUAGUAUAUAUACAAAAAUGUGCUUAUUAAUUUACAGUGAAUGUAUUGUUUGUCACAGUAUGUGUUAUUCAAAAUCAUGCAUGUAUGUUGCUAUGUACAUAUAUUGGUCAUGAGUAAAGUAUGUAUUCAUUUUUAAUAUGCAAGCUUUUUCUAAUAUUGUGAUGAUCAGUGAUAUUCUGAAUUAAAUAAAUGCUAUCAUGAAUAUUA